AUGGCCGCGCGGGCAGAGCCUCCCAGCUGGUACCCCGAGGACUUCACCCCGCUGCAGCCGCCGCGCAGCCACGUGACCUCCAAGGCGGCGUGGAUCGCUUCUGACGCCCUGCACGCGUUCUCCAGGAGGGACGCGCGCGUAGACGCAGACGCGGGCCUGCGCGUCCCGGACUGCGGGUCCGCUGCCACGGAGACGGACUCGGACCCGGCGGAGGACGGGGGCAAGGUGAAGCCCCGGCGCGUGGCGGCCAACGCGCGCGAGAGGAGGCGGAUGCACGGCCUGAACAAGGCGUUCGACGAGCUGCGCAGCGUCAUCCCGGCGCUGGACAACGAGCGCAAGCUCUCCAAGUACGACACGCUGCAGAUGGCGCAGAUCUACAUCAACGAGCUGGCGGAGCUGCUGACCGGCGAGCAGCGGCCGGACCGCCGGAGCCCCGGGCCGGGCCCGGAGGACCAGACCUGCAUGAGGACUCUGAUCCAGUCUCUGCGGCCAGACAGCCCGCAGGCCGGGGGGCAGCGGGACCCCCCGCGCCUCCUGCUCUUCGGCCCUCCAUCCGACCUGCACGGCUCCACCCGCUCUCUGAGCUCCUCCACCUGCAGCGAUGGAGAGUCUUCUCUCCUCAGCGACCUGGAGGAGAGCCUGGGGAGGCGGCACUGA